AGGUGACACCGGAAGUGGUAGGCCUGUCGAGUUCUGGCGAUCUCGGUCAAUCGGGAGCGUAGUUUGUGUUCGGAUUUUAACCCGCGGGCAGGGGCCCGAGGUCCAGAUGUGUGAAAGACCCGAAUAGCUGUAUGGAAACAGCAUGGCAGAAGAUCCUGCAAAAUUGAACAUUCGACGAUUGGAACCAGCUAUCCAGAAAUUUGUUAAAGUUGCAAUCCCAACAGAUUUGGAACGGCUCCAAAAGCACCAGAUAAAUAUUGAGAAGUACCAGCGAUGGAGUCAAUGGGACAAGCUGCACCAGGAGCACAUCAAUGCAAGCCGUACUGUGCAGCAGCUACGAGCUAACAUGAGAGAAAUGGAAACAUUAUGCCUUCGGGUAAGAGAUGAAGAUUCACAAGCUUUGGAGAAAAUAAUAAAACCUGUGCAGAAGCGGGCUGCAGCUGCAGUGCUGGAGUUCCUGAAACUCCAUUCAGAACUUGUAGAGGAGCCAGGUGGACAUUGUAACAUGGGCAAUUCACAGGGACCGCAUUCAUCUCUAGUGAGGUCCCAGACUGUAGAAGGAACACUUAUGAGUUCCCAAGAGUCCGGCUCACCUUUGUCCCAAAAUCUGGUUCAGCUGAAUGUGCCACUACCACAAAUUCCACAAGAUCAAGAUGCAGCUGAAUCAUGGGAGAAACUGGAAGAGAAUUUAAUUGAUCUUAGCAACUUGGUAAAUGAAUUUUCUCAGUUACUUCAUAUCGGCCUUGCUUUUGUGGUCAGCAGUGAAGCAGCGGCGGUGUCUGCUGACUUCAAAGGAAGCUGUUACAAAGCUCUAUUGAUUUCUGAUAUGAAUUCUACCUUUCUUGGUAAUUUUGCUCUGAUAUCAGCUAUAGGAAAUAUCUGGUUUCCAGCAACAGUGAAGUCAUCAAGCAGGCUAAGCAGCCAGUCAUGCUGAAAUAUUCUCCCACACAGCAAACCAGGAAAUAAAAAAGCACAGACUGUCCUUCACUUUAUUUGAUUCUCUAAAAUUAAGAUGGGAAAAAUUAUGGAUGGGAUUCAAGUAGAAGCUGUGCUCAAAGAUUGUUUUUUUUUUAAUCUGAGAAAUGUGAUAUUUCACAAAAAUAAGUUUAUUAGGGCCAGAUUGGUUGUUCAGCAAUUAUGACUUAGAAUGUUGUCAAAAAGGCAUAACUUUUUCCAAGGAUUUUUACAGUAUGGCUGUGUAUAAAAAGUGCAAACUCAUAUCAAGUCAAGUGAAUUUUAAGAUUUCUACCCGCAAGAACUUCAACAGAUCACCCUGUGGAGGAAUGGUAAUUCAUUGAUAGCAACUUUGCAUUACUGCAUUUAACUACACAAUGUGUGGAUGCCAGAAGUUCAGAGUUUCACAGAUGUAAUGAUGGUGAACACUAACAGUUUCAUCAUUACAACUGCAAAAUCUGGACCAGUUAUUUGACUCGAACCAAUAUAAAACAACGUUGGGAGUUUGUCUGAAAAUAUUUUCUGCUUGGAUACUUGAAGCCAGCAGUUUUGAGUCUAAACAAGGAAUGACACAUUAUUACAUGCUUUAGGAAUUACUUUCCCAUUAAGGAAAAGGUAUUAAUUAUGAGUAACUAAAAUUCCUGCACCUCCUAUCCAUUUUAUUUUAAAAGAUUAGAAUUAUGUUGUAUGCCUGUCAGUGUUGGCUUUGCCAAUUGUUACAUAUUUGAGAUAUACUACAAUGAUAGGGUGUGGUGAUAAAUGUAAGUAUUUAUAAUGCUAGGUCUAGGCUUUUGCCAAAUUAAAGUAUUUAAAUUUAAUUCUGAAGUGGUUGACCGUUUUCUUCCUCCCUCCCACAGUCAUUCAAUUUGUAAGUGCAGUAAGGAGCCUAGAAUCCCCUGCCUCCACAUGAGGGCACAGCUGAGAUCAGGAAUGUCAAAGUGUGACCCUUGUAACUUUUCCAUAUUUCUACCUCAAGCAAAUUAGAUUGUGGAAGCAGAAAACAAAUACCACACAAAAUAAUAGUGCAGGAAAUACCUUAUAUAGUGGUCAGAAAUAUUAAAAAUUCUGAAGGAUGCUUGAUAACCAAAAAAAUUCACAAAUUAGAACUGCCCUCAGACGGUUAAAAUAACACUAAUCUAUAAAUAUUUAAGGACACAUUUAAUAUUGAUAAAUGUUUAAACACUUGACAAACCAUCUGAACAGUCUCCCAGGAAAGGUGGUAGAGGAGGUACUUUUAAGAAAUUGUAGAUUUAUUGACUAGCAGAUGAAAGAUGCUGCAAACUCUGAUUAUAGGAAUUAUAAUUGUGUGUAUUGGUUGACUGCUGCUUCCCAGCU